GCAGGCUGCGUGAUGGCGGCCACCACGACGUCGCUGGCACAUUGACUUCUACCGAGAAGUGCGUGCGGGUUGUCCUCCACGUUAUCCUUGACUGUAAACCAGUGGAUGGCAUUAUUAUAAAAUUUAAAAAAAAUUAAUACUGAGCGUGCCGGUAAAUGUAUUUGUGUGCUUGCAAUUGGUAAAAUAUUAGUGUUUUCUGUAACUUGCUAGCCUCCUAGCUCUCUAGCUGCUACGUGUUUACCUAAGAAGAUGGCUCUUCAUAGAAUGUCCCUCAGGCUUCGACAAACGGUUACACAUGUUCGGUGGCUUCAUACAAGUGGAUCGGGCCAGCAGCAGGAGGCCUUGGCGGUUGAGACAGAACCUGAACCCUUCUCAGUUUUCAGAACACAGGAGAAUGAUCCAGCUUGUCAGUCAGAGAAACAUAUUGGACAGUUUUACAAUAUACUGUCUGCGCACAUCCGCACCCUCUUCCCUCAUGGCCUCCCCCGACGUUAUCAGCAGCAGGUGAAGACGUUCACCGAAGCCGCAGUGAUGGUGAGGCAGCCCGCGCUGGAGGUCAUCUCCUACCUAAAGGAAAUGGACAUGAGCAAACCUGCACAGCGAUAUAUGUUCUACGGAUUAAAGGGCGGCGGCAAGACGAUGUCUCUGUGUCACGCCGUCCACUUUUGCUACACGCAGGGAUGGCUGGUGCUGCAUAUACCUGAUGCUCACAGCUGGGUUAAGAACUGCAAGGAGCUGCUGCCUUCAUCUUUUAAUGCCUCUCGCUUCGACCAGCCUUUACAAGCCACCGAGUGGUUGCGCAACUUCAAAAUCACCAACGAACCCUUCCUGUCCAAGAUAAAGACAAGGCAACGCUAUGUGUGGACGAAAAGAGAGCUCACAGAGCAGGGAAGCCCUCUUGGCGAGCUGGUGGAUCAGGGCAUCACACGCGUGAAGAGCAGCAGUGAUGUGGUGGGGGCACUGAUGAAGGAGCUGAGGCAGCAGAGCGGGCAGCCGGACUGUGACUUCCGCCUGGUCGUGGCCGUGGACGGCGUCAACGCCUUGUGGGGCAAGUCCAGCAUCCAAAAGGAGGACAAAAGUGCGGUGGAUCCAGAUGAGCUCACGCUGAUAUAUAACCUGAGGAAGUUGAUGAGGAACGACUGGACGGGAGGCGCCAUCAUCACCACUCUCUCUCACACGGGGGCUGUGUACCCGCCCAAAUUGGCCUACUUGCCUCAGGAGCUGCUGGGAGAGAGGGGCUUUGACAACAUGGACCCAUUUGUCCCGGUGUCUGUGCCCUACUACAGCGAGAAGGAGUUUGAGAGCUGCUAUCUCUACUACAUGGAGCGCAACUGGCUGCAGCAUCCAAAGAGCCGAACAGAAGAGGGCAAGAAAGAGCUCAUCUUCAUGACGGACAGGAAUCCAUCGUUAAUGGACAGAAUUUGUGCAUUCCUAUGAAGUGUCAGACAUCAACCACUCACGUCACACAGAAGUAUCUGCGUCCUAGAAAUGCAGAAACUCAAUAUUCAUGUCUAUAAUGUGUAUCUCUAAAUUAUUCAAUCACCAUGUUUGCUAAUAAAAUGUUUAAAAAGCCAUGUUUUCUUUUGUAUGGAAGAUGUUGAUCAUGCUGAUCUAAUCACGCUCAGUUUGAUUUGAUUUUAUUGUAUGUUAUUUGUAGAAAAAUGCCAGGUUACUUACAAAACACUGUAGUUUAAUGAUAGAAACCACCACACAUUGUAAAAACUAGUUUAUGAACAAGUUUAUCUUUAACAAAGAUUGCAUUAGGGCUGCAACUAACAAUUAUUUUAAUCAUUCUGUCAUUUUUUCCCCCAAUGAACUGAUGAAUCGAGGUAUUUUGUUGCAUCUUUAAGAUUUUUUGGCCAACUUAAUUUUGUCAGACAAAUUCUAUUGAAGUGAUUUCUUGAUUGAACAGGUGUGGAGGUAAUCAGGCUUGGGUGUGGUCAGUGAAAAUGAACUGAUGAUUUUGACAAUGACCUUUCCACACAGGGCCAGGUA